AUAUUGAACAAUAACUGGUCAAACCGUAUAAAGUGGGAUUCUUUUAUUUCAAAGCUGUUUGUUCUAUAAUUCGCCGUAGAAAUUCAUGACCCUUCUUCUUCCAAUUCAUCGUUCAUCAUUAAUGCCUCACAACCCAGAUGCUUUUUCAUGGAGGAGAAUCAAUCGCCUUCAAUCCAACCUACUCCGAUUUUGGGUUCCUGAGAAAUCCUUUGUUAGAUGCGAAACUGGGGUUCCGUCAAUCUUCGUAAUCCUCGAAACUUGGAUUCAAAGCUUCUGAAUCAAACCUCCUCUGUUUCGAUGUUCCGGUAUUGAAUUUAUAGCUUGUUUUGAGAAUUGCAAUGGCGGAUUGGUGUAUUUUCUGAUUCUCUGAAUUCUACGGACUUGGUCUUCAGCAAUGUCGGAGAAACGCAUGCUAGCGACUAGGUUGUUUUUGUAUUUGAUAACAAUUUCUGUGUUCCUUCUAAUCCUUUCUUCUGUGUUCACCCUCCAAUCCAACUACAAUUCUUUCUUCCCCACUUCAGUGCUCAAGCUCAUUGUUGUUAAUAAUCAUACUUCAAAUCACAUAAAACCCAAUGUAGAGAUUGAACCAAUUGUACCAAUGGAACAUCCUCCACGAGAUGUACCACCUCCACCAGAGGAACCCGAAGAAGCCAUUAGAGCUAGGGGUGUUGAUCGGCCACUUCCUAACAACAGCAAGGAUGAAGAUUCUGUAGAAACUCGCACAGAUUUAGCCUGUGAUCCUGCAAAGGCUCGUUUGAGAGUGUACAUGUAUGAUCUUCCACCUUUAUUUCACUUUGGAUUAUUGGGAUGGAAGGGAGAUAAGGGUCAAAUUUGGCCUGAUGUCUCUAAUAGAACUCAAAUCCCAUCAUACCCUGGUGGGCUGAAUCUUCAGCACAGUAUGGAAUACUGGCUUACACUUGAUCUUUUAUCUUCGAAUGUCCCAAAUAUUAAACAUACUUGCACAGCAGUUAGGGUGAAGAGUCCAAGUCAAGCAGAUGUGAUUUUUGUGCCCUUUUUCUCAUCCUUGAGUUACAAUCAACAUUCUAAGUUGCAUGGGAGGGAUAAGAUUAAUGUGAACAAGAUAUUACAGCAUAAGUUGAUGCAUUUUUUGUUUGGGCGGAAGGAGUGGAGGCGAGUGGGUGGAAGGGAUCAUCUCAUAAUUGCUCACCAUCCGAAUAGCAUGUUGGAUUCGAGAAAGAAACUCCACUCGGCCAUGUUUGUGCUUGCAGAUUUUGGAAGGUACCCAGCUGCAGUUGCAAAUAUUGAAAAGGAUAUCAUUGCCCCUUACAGACAUGUGGUGAAGACGGUUCCACCUAACGAUUCUCCCACAUUUGAUGAGCGUCCAACUUUGGUGUAUUUUCAAGGAGCUAUAUACAGGAAGGAUGGAGGAGUAGUUCGCCAAGAACUAUAUUACCUUCUGAAAGACGAGGAAGACGUUCAUUUUACUUUUGGAAGUGUUAAGGCGAAUGGGAUCAACAAGGCAGGCCAAGGAAUGGCCUCAUCGAAGUUCUGCCUUAACAUUGCAGGAGAUACCCCAUCGUCAAAUCGACUUUUUGAUUCUAUUGCAAGUCAUUGUGUUCCUGUUAUUAUCAGCGAUGAUAUUGAGCUGCCUUAUGAAGAUGUCCUGGACUACACCGAAUUUUGUGUCUUCGUUCGAGCAGUCGAUUCUAUAAGGGAGGGUUAUCUACUGAAACUUCUUCGUGGAAUUAGACGAGAAAAGUGGACAGAGAUGUGGAUGAGAAUAAUAGAAAUUGUGCAUGAAUUUGAAUAUCAGCAUCCUUCUCAGACUGGUGAUGCUGUCGAUAUGAUUUGGCAAGCGGUGUCACGUAAGGUGUCGAAGAUAAAAUUUAAUCGGGAUAAGAAGAACAGGUACCGUAGAUCUCAACUUUUCCUAAAGAGCAAUUGAUAUUGAAUUCAAUAUAUAAAUAGGAAGUUUUGUAGUCACUGAGAUCUAUCAUUCACUCUCCAUAUUGCUGUGUUAAUGAUAAUGUAACUCUUAACUCAAAACAGAGUAGUUUUGAGAUUUUAGGCUGUCUAGAAAUCUUUACUCGUCUAUUCGUUCACCUUUAUAGUUCAUUGCA